GCGAGUAUAGUUUUACCCAAUCUGACAGAUUGGGUAGAACUCCGUGCGUGCGUGAGUUUGUUGAUGCCUAGAACUAAGGUCACAUUUUACUGUGGCACCAUGACGCAUAGACUCAUGACUUAUUUCGUGGUCACUGCUGUGUCUGGUAUAUGUUUUUAUGUUUCCCUAUUUUCUCAGUGGAAUGCACCGUCGAUGACUGCCUUACGUGAGUUUUCAUCGUGCUUCAUUGGAAUAUCAUGUGACAGUGGGUCAAACUAAUCAGAGGGUGACAUGUCCGACUGGACCAACCUAGUCUCGGCCCUUCUCCACAUUGUCUGUUACACCUUGUUCUGGUUCGGCGUGACCUCAUCUGAAUGGAGGUCAGAGAUAGGCUACUCUUACGGAUUGUGGGCCAGAUGUGACGAGACUGGAUGUAUUAGUCUGAUCUACGAAAACACAGCUGGCUACCUGCUGUUAGUGCAAUGUGGCAUCGCUGGAUCGUUUGUGCUUCUGACAGUCAGUGUGGUGGGCGUGGCUGCGGGUGAGCUCAUCAGGCUGUGCAAAGUGAAGCAGAGACAUGCUACCAGAGCCAACUACGUCGUGUGCAUCAGUGCCGCCUCUGGAGAAAUACUAGCUACGGCCUCUAUAUUUUUAUACGGCUACAACACAGUGCUAGCCAAGGACAGAUAUCCUGUCUUACUGUGGGGCUUUGCUGUGACUGGGCUUGGAGUGUGCUUAUCCCUUCUCGGCAACAUCCUCACCGUCAUGGGUCCUGUGUCCACCUGGGACAAUGGCCUGUCCUGCUUGUUGCCCCGAAGGCAACACACCCACCAGAUGUUUGUUUAUGCCGACGGUUCCGCCACUUACUCAGCAGACUCGAAUGAUACGCAGCAUGGUUCUGGGCGCCUUAUCGCCCCGCAACGCAGAAGGGCGAAGAACACUGUCACAACGUAUGACAAAAAAGGGUGCUGCUACACUUCCACUCAGUCAUCUGACAGUGGCGCCUCCGAGAUAAAUUACAGACAUUAUGAAGAGAUUAGUUUCGAGGACAUGCCCCCUCCACCUUUGGAGCUCCUUCAUCCGCCCCUGAACGAGUUCGCCCAAAACGUUCAUUCUCGCCAAGCUCGCCCUCAUUCUUACUACAGAGAGCAUCAAAACGCUCUUCCUGUUAUUCACAAGGACAUCCCGAAUCCUUAUCAGGUAAGCCAACAACACAAUGAUGGACAAUAUAGGUAUGUGCAGAGCGUCAACCCUCACCAACCCCAUUUUCAGAGUAUUCCACCGCCUCCGCCUCCACCACCUCCGCCUCCAGCUGAGAUGUCGUCCAGUCUCUACAGAGCCACAGCCACCACGGCUGGACAUGGCCACAGACCAACGCCAAAAAUACGGCAGCACCAGACACGUAACCCUGGAGCAUCGACUCUUCCGCCACCGUCAUCUCACGCCUCCAAAUCAGCCACGCCUUCUCAUGGACAUCACGCCUUGCGCCAAGACGGCGCCUCAAGAGGCAGACCGCGCCCACCCUCUGAGGCUGUAAACAGAAGCAGAACACUUCCUCUAAGAACUUAUAAUGAAUAUGCCACGUAACUAUUAGCAAAAGACAUUCUUUGAGAGACAUAUCUCAAAAGCACAUCAAUGAAAACACUCUUUAGAGUUUCGCUAAACAGCUUGCAAACUCUUCAUGGGGUUAGCUGUAAAAAAAAGUUCGAAACUGGAAACUGGGUGGAAAGGGAAUUUCCUAAACGGCUCUAUGCGAUUUUUCUUGAAAGUUGAAGAUGUAUAACUUUGACAAGAAUAAAAGUGCGUAAUUGGCUACACAGUAAAACUCUGGUUUGUCCUUCUACGAUUUUUCAAAAUAUAAUCAUCUUAAAAUUAAUGAUGGCUUACUUAUUUUAUUGUGAAACAUGAUUUCUUUUUAGUCAGUAAAGCGCGUUAUAUUAAAUAAACUGACAAUUUGCGCACCGUCUUAUGUAGAAAUUAUUUGCUGGGAAAAAAAUGAUUGUGCAAAUAUAAAGGAAACUGCUAGCAAUUAUGAGGCAUUACAAUAACUAGAAUGAGACAUAAUAGAUCAACAUGUGCUUCACGAUAGAGAAGUUACUUUUUAUUAUUAUAAUUCAUUUUUGAGGCACUGCCAGGGUCGAGCUUCGUCAAAGAGAAACAAAAUUCAAUGUAGUCCCAUUAUCAGUUUCCUCUGAGGAAUGGACCUCAUUCACCAAUCGUAAGCAGACAACAUUUAGCCACGCGAUUCUCUAUCUCUUCUAUACAAAUUACGUAAUACACAAUGGCUGUCACGUGACAGUUUUUAUUUUCGUUGUUUUAUCAAUAUUAUCACGUGGCUAAAUGUUGUUUGUUUACGAUUGGUGAAUGAGGUCCAUCGUCUAGUGAUGUGUCAGGUUUACAGCAGUACCGCCCAGGGGCGUAGCUAGGAAUUUUCCAUCGUUUGGGGGCACGGGGGGCUUGACCUCUUUGGGGGCUCCUGCAUUUUGGUAACAUUUAAUUUUUAAUGUAAAAAACAGUCAUAACGGGGCACUCCUCAACUGGGGGCCCGGGGGGGGUGGUUCAAAUACUCCCCCUCCUCCCCCACUCUAGCUACGCCACUGGUACCACCCUCUGACAGGCUAGUAGAAUCUUCCUAGGAAUGAUAAGGGCCUUCAAGGUGUCAAUGAGAUCAGUUGUCAUUAUCCCCUCAGUUGUUAUAACAAUUGUUAUUUUUAUUUAUUUUGAUUAUUAUUGUUAUUUUUGGAUAACUUUCAUAUACCUAUAAACUCUUAGCCUAGGUUCCCAUAUUUUCGUUGUUUUUCUAUCUCAGUUUUUCUUACAUUAUGAGACAGUGGUACGACGAUGUCAAUGAUGGUAGCGCUUUUCUUUCUCUUGUAUUAAUUAACAUGAUUGUUAUUAUUAUUAUAAUACUUUUUCAUUGGAAUGUGUAAUUUCUAUUUUUAAUCUUUAUUUCUCAAGAAAAUAAAACAUUGGACUAUGUAAUAAAAUCUAUGAGACGACUGGUCGCUUAUUAUUCUUAUUAUCCCAAUCUCAUGCUAUGAAAUAAAGUUAUCAAUGUACGCUUUAAUUCUCCCACACGCAUGUCGGAUUAAGUUGAAAAUUAAAACUAUUAUUUAUUGUACCUAAUAAAAUAUGAAUCAAUAAAAAAAAAAUCAAA